GCCUGUCAGGCAUCUCUUAGCACCUUUCCGGUUCAUUCAGAUCAUUACAAUGUGGUGUACAUAAUCUGCCCCAGGCAGCUACAAAGGAUUACAGUAGGAGGUUAGUUACAUUUGUAAUUUGUUUGGAAGGUCUCAGCAUGUUCGUGCAUGAUGGCGUCCAGGUGAUUCAUUUAUCCAGGCUACAAAGAAAUAGUUUAUCCACAGGAUGGUGCUAUACCUAAAGUUGACAUGCAAUAGUCUAUAUUCUUCAAUUAAGCCCACAAGAAGACCAACAGCAUUCUGAGUGCUGAGGUAUUGUAACUGUCCACACUGUUUCUCUUGUGCAACCUGUUCUUCACGUUUUGCAUCUUCACAGCUUGUUCGAGCGACUCUAUGCCCUUAGCAAAAAAAAAUGUUUCAUCACUUCUUGGUUCAUGCUGCAUUUCAGAGCAGCAGAUGGCUUCCACGCGACCAACGACUAAAAUUCCAAAUAGUGCUUUUUAUGUUUGUAGUGCUUUUUCUGACACCCCAGGUAUACAUAUUGACAAGGCCAAAGUCUUCUCGCUACUGUGAGAAGCCGCUCUUGAACAACCUCAUAGCCUUCAUUGUGUUUUCAGUGGUGGCUACAGGCUUAGCAGUGACCCUUACUCUCACUGAUCCUGUACCCAAGAGUAUUAAAGCAGCUUAUCACACAUUCGGCAUGCUCUCAUUCACUCAAGGACUUUGUACCAUCAUUCUGACUUUCAAUGCCUCCCAGUGUGAGAAUACCACGCCAGAGCUCUAUCUCUUUUCACUGGUACUUUCAUGGGGUUGUAUCAUAUCAACAGCAUUCUUUCUGAUAAGGGGCUGCUUUUGGAUGUUCUACGGAAAGUAUCCAAACUGGUUCAGAGAAGCAUGCCUCUAGGCUGGCGUGUGAGCCACUGUCUAGCUCACAGCUUUAUACAGCCCUAUGUUUUAUUCAGAGCCUUCUGUUGAGCUUGAGACGGGUGUUCAGAUAUCCCCCCAAAUACCGAUGGGUUCCCCUUGAGUCUGGUUCCUCUCAAAGUUUCUUCCUCAUAACAUCUAAGGGAGUUUUUCCUUGCCACAGUCGCCAUGGCUGCUCAUCAGGGAUAAAUACACAUUGUUCACCUUAACUCUUAAAAUUCUGUAAAGCUGCUUUGAGACAAUGUCUGUUGUGAAAAGCGAAAUAAAUUUGACUCUGUCCAACAAAAAAACAGUGUGAAUUUCCCUCGAUAAUCAAUAAAUCUAUAAAUGAUCCAAUUAAAUGACCGUUGUCAAUCUUGAAAUGUUUGUUUUUAGAAUAUUUAAUGAAUGGCUGAAUCUGCUUUUAACUAAGAUAAAUGAAUAUAGAAGUUGACAUAUAAUAUGUCUUGUUAUGUUAAACCCCCAGAGCUUGUUCUUUUCUGCUUAACACUGAUAUUCAAUGCACAAAGAAUGGUUUUACACACACACUCUAAUAAUAACACUUUAUUUCAAAUUUUGACAAAUCCUUUCUGUAAGAAAAUCUGUGAAACAUACUGAAUGGAAAGACAAUCUGUAAAGCAUGUUUGAUUUGUCCGAUUGUACAUUGCAGAUUUUACAGUACUUUGCAUUUGAUACUCAACCAAAGCAUUUAAAACAGACAAUUAUGUCAUUUAAACUGAAAGCAAUAAUAAAAAAAAACUCUUUCCAAUUUUAUUCCAGUGUCAUCACCACUUCCCUGUAGUUUUAAUGAAAUGGAAAGGUAUCCUUUGAAAGAACACCAACAGGUUUGUGUUUUUAACUAAUACAAAUGAUAAGGCACUUUAUUGUGAGGUAUUAUUUUGUAAUUGUAUAGUUCUGGAAUGUCCGACUUAAAAA